UUUCCCUUUCCUCCCAGGCACGGCUGAAUCCUCCUCCACCCCCGGCGCUCGCGCAGGCAGCCGGCCAGCCCUGUUAGCAUUCGGCACUCAUCGCUCCAAAGCAAUUGCAGCUGCCGAGGAGCCAAACUCGGUGGCCGUGAGCACGUUGGUCCAGCGUCUCCCCCCAUCCUGGACCGUCAUCUGAUUUCUCCCAAGGGAUAACGGCUGACCGGGACUGCGUCUCCAAGCCGGUUCUUUGCUGAGAAGCCGGCUGCCGAGUCUCCAGCGCGCAGAUACUUCCCAGCGGGAUUUUCUGCUUCGAAUGACAGAGAAAGGGGCAAAAUCGAACCGCCUGGCGCUCCGUGCGGGGGAGACGCGUCGGGGGCUCCCUUCCGCCUGCCGUGUGCUGGGACACAAUGGAGCUUUUCAAGCUGAGUCUGAGCUGCUUUUGCCUCCUUCGUUGGCUUGAGGUAUCAGAGGGGCAAGGCUUCCUCAUAAAGAACACCCGGCUGGAAAAGUGCAUUCACGUCUCCCACCACAAGACUGACGGCGUUGGCCUAACCGACUGCAAGCUGCACUCCCAGCAGCAGCAGUGGAGCUGGGACCCCACCACCAGGACCAUCAUCAGCCUUAAAACAAAGCAGUGCUUGUCAGCCCACAAGACACGCAAGUAUGCGCUGGCCAAGCUGGAGCCCUGUGGGAACUGGGAACGCCAAGCGUGGGCCUGCAGCAAGAAAGGACAUUUGACUUUAGAAAAUCUGGGCUUCCACCUCAGCACCAAGGAAGGAGGCCACAAGGUCUUUGUCUCAAGGGAGAAGGACAAGUUCAGCAAGUGGAAGACUUUAGCAGAUGAAACCAUCUGUGCUGCUGCCCAGACAGUGGCUCUGAGGCCUGGUGAACCAACACAAGAAGCUAUAGACAGACUGGUCUGGAUAUAUGAAACUAAAACCAUUGAGUCGUCAAAGACCCACGCUGUGGUCAAGGAGCCUUCCACGGGCUUGACUGACCCACCUCUGACUAAUGAAUUUCACAGCACAGCAUCUCCAGCGAAGACUAAACAAGCACACCUCCCAGCAAACAAGGAUCCAUCCCACAGUCAGUCUAAAAAGCACCAUGGAAACCAAGGGAAAAGCUCUGGGGCCAGGCUUGCAGGCACCAACUGGAAGACAGCCAUGCUGGUCCUCAGCCCCUUGGCAUUCAUACUGGGAUUAAUAAUACUGACAGUGAAUGUUCGUUACAACAAGAAGAAGAAAAUCCUGUCUGCUUUGAAGGGUUCCCCACAGAGCAGCAGCAGAGCUGACUUAUGGAAGCGGUCUCCAUUACCAAGAGGCCCCCAGCCGUACGCGCCACCGUAUCGCUCCCCUUCCUUGAGACACGGGGAGAUCCUUAUCGAGUGGAAAGACGGGACUGUCACUCCUCUUUUUGAUAAUGCCAAUUAUCAAAUGGACUAGCUCCGAGCUGUUGUUUCACACUGUGCUACCUGCCAUUCUUCUCAACAGGAAGAGCACCUCCGUAGAGGAUUUUCUCCCUCGCCUUACUAUUUUUGAUAGGGAGCUAUAAGGGCUGUUUGUUUUUUUAACACUUGAGAACAAUCUCCUCGUGCAGCACAGAAGUUGAAGCAAGCAGAACAGAUUGUUUUGUUCGCAUAGGCAUACACCGCUUAGCUCCUCCAGAGCUAGUUUAACCCAUGACAGGACCCAGAUUUCGCUAAAUAAAGCCGAGUAUCUUGCCAGCCGCAACUGUCUGCUGCGCUGAAAUUCUGGUAUUACUGAGCACGCAAGAAAGUAGUUCCUCUGAGACAAGGAAUAAGGUGAAAGUACAAAUCCUGGUGAAUCUUAAAUCCCUUUUAAGCUUAAAACUAGCUGCCAACCGACACAGAAAGCCGUCAGUUACUUCAUCUGCGAAGGAAUGUAACUAAUAAGCACUGUCUUCAGGACUCAAAGGUGAAAGGGUCUCCUCUGGAGAUCUGCCACCCACACUAAGUUAUCAAUUAGGGAACAGAAAGGUCAUUUUUCUACAUUAAAAAGUUGCACUCUUUCCUCUCUGCAACACAGCAAGACUGCUGCUGAGAGAGUAUCUGUUUCACAAAAUAUUUUUAUAUUUACAGCCUACUAAACCCUAUAACUCCCCCCUCCUCCUCCUCCAUGCAUAGCAAUGUCAGUGAUACCUGGCAGUGACAUUACCUGGCCAUUUUACACCAGUUUCAGAUUCUAAUUUUCUAUGGUCGUAUGCAAUAUUCAAUAAACAGAUAUAUUGCCCUGCA